AUGUCAUACAAAAAUAUGGAAAACGUCCUACAAAAAAUCAACCAAAAAUAUAUCUCAUUAAACAACGAUGAAGUGAAACACAAUAACGCCCGUCUAAAAUCGACCCUAGAAAGCAUGAUAUGUGAAAUGAAAAAGCAAAGUGCGGUAUUCAAAACCGUUUUCGAUAAACCCUUUUAUGGAGGAAGCUUUUACGACGAUCUUAAAGUGGGCAGCCCGGACGAAUUCGACCUAGAUCUUCUGCUUGUAUUACCCAAAUCAUGCGAAAAACAUAAAAAGAAAAAUUGCGGCUGUGUGAAACUGGAGACCAGCAAUAAACCUGGAUUUUUUUGGUAUAAAAUUGACCCCGACUAUUACCCGCCAUUUAAAGAUUAUAUCGAAAAUGACUAUUUGCAAACCAAUUUAAUUUUAGAUUGGGUAAAAGGGCUUGUUACCAAAGCACUAAACUCUUUAAAUUCUGUAGAUUUCUCUUGGGGUACUCCAAGGUACCAUUCAGAAUCAGGUCCAGCACUUACUCUCAAGCUCUAUGGCCAGUUUGGACAUUUUGACGUUGAUCUUGUGCCUGCUUUCAAAUUCGGCCCCGAAUCUUGGCCUCAGUACGGAUAUAAGCCUAAUUCCUCUAGAAGAAAGACAGACUUUUUUAUUGUACCAAAAAAAGCUAGACUACAGAACUGCGGCGAACGAUAUUGGAGAGCUUCUUUUCAAGAUCAGGAAAGGGAGCUUAUUGAAGGUAAACAACGAUUGAAGCCCGCAUUGAGAUUGUUGAAAAAAAUGAGAAACAAUUUGGGACAAGUUUCAGUAUCCAGCUAUGCCCUUAAAACUUUAGUAUUGUGGGAUCUAGACUCGGGAUAUCUAGAUUUUAACGCUCCAUUGGCCGAUGUAUUUAUGAAACUUUUGAAGAAGUACGCGGAACAUUUGCAGGCUAAAUGCGUUCCUUAUUACUGGAACAAAAACAACAACCUUUUGGAUACAAUACAACUUACCACUUUGGAAAAUCAUCAAAAUGAAAUUUCACGUAAAAUCGCAAAUAUUGAAAGAAACUACUUGGCAGAUCCGUUAGUGGUGGUGAAAAUUAUUUUAAAAGAAGGAACCCAGGAAUAUAAUCUGUUUAUGACAGAAUAUUUCCCUAUAAAUGCAGUUCCCUCACUGGGAUUGGGCAAUUUGUCUCUCUCAGAUAGACAUCGACCUGCUGAGAAUCAAGGAGGUAUCCAACAAGUGGCUAAUGCAAAUUACAGGUGGGGAAUAGCAGGAGCUAUUUUGGGAAUAGGAACAGUGGCUGCAGUGAGUAUAUAUUCGGCCAUUACGAGAAACAGGAACAACCAAAACUAA